GCCACCCCCCCCCAGGGAGCUGCCACCAUGGAGGAGGUGGAGUCGCGCUUCCUGCACCUCCUGCAGCCCAUCCGAGACCUCACCAAGAACUGGGAGGUGGACGUGGCCGCCCAGCUCGGGGAGUACCUGGAGGAGCUGGAUCAGAUCUGCAUUUCUUUCGACGACGGCAAAACCACCAUGAACUUCAUCGAGGCGGCGCUGGUGAUCCAGGGCUCGGCCUGUGUCUACAGCAGGAAGGUGGAAUAUCUCUACUCACUGGUCUACCAGACACUGGACUUCAUCUCUAACAAGAAGAGGGAGAAGCUGCCCAGCUCUGUGGGGCAGGACGGCAGAGACACCGACGCCACCUUUGGGGGGCAGGAGCAGGAGGAGUUCCUCUCCCUGGAUGACAUCAGGGACAGCAGCCAGGCCAGCGUGGACAUGAGGAAGGAUCAUCAGCCCAACGCCGUGGACAUCAUUCCCUUGACUCCCAUGUCUUUGGUCCUUCCAGAAGAGGCUGAGAAGAGGGACAACCCUCUGUUCAGCCGGAGAGGGGAGGUCCUGGCGAGCCGGAAGGAUUUCCGCAUGAACACCUGCACCCCUCACGCCACGGGAGCCUUCCUGCUGGAGCUGGCGGGGCUCUCCCCCACCGCCCGGCAGCACCGGCAGCGCACGGGGAGCCCCGGCACGGCCGCAGCAGAAGCACCAUCUGGCAUCCUCAGCAGCGGUGCUGACCCCGUCCAGGCGUUGAGCUUCUCUGCAGACGAAGGCGCUGCAGAACCAGAUGGGGACGACAGCCGAGGGGACGCCAUGCCUGGAGGAGCAGAGGAUGAUGUGGAAAUGAUCCCGGCUGCUCAGGAGCACAAAGAGGCACAGAGGAGCGCGCCCCAGCCCAGGGGCUACGUGCUGCGGGAGCGAGCCCCUGCCGAGGACCCUGCACCCCACAUCAAGGUAGGGGGGGAGGUGCUGGAUCCGUGGCAGAGCCUUGACCCCUUUGCUGACUCCGAGGACAAACCGUUUAAGAAAGGGAGGCCCUUCCUGGUGCCGCACGGCCUGGACGAGGUGGUCGGGGGCAAGAGGAAGAGGAAGGGACCGAGGAAACUCCAGGACUUCGUGAAAUGGUUCUCUGCAGCCUCAGAAGCACCAUCUGGCAUCCUCAGCAGCGGUGCUGACCCCGUCCAGGCGUUGAGCUUCUCUGCAGACGAAGGCGCUGCAGAACCAGAUGGGGACGACAGCCGAGGGGACGCCAUGCCUGGAGGAGCAGAGGAUGAUGUGGAAAUGAUCCCGGCUGCUCAGGAGCACAAAGAGGCACAGAGGAGCGCGCCCCAGCCCAGGGGCUACGUGCUGCGGGAGCGAGCCCCUGCCGAGGACCCUGCACCCCACAUCAAGGAGGUGCUGGAUCCGUGGCAGAGCCUUGACCCCUUUGCUGACUCCGAGGACAAACCGUUUAAGAAAGGGAGGCCCUUCCUGGUGCCGCACGGCCUGGACGAGGUGGUCGGGGGCAAGAGGAAGAGGAAGGGACCGAGGAAACUCCAGGACUUCGUGAAAUGGUUCUCUGCAGCCUACAGCGGCGUCGCCGAGAGCAGGAAAACCCGGAGGAAAGGGCCCACGUUCGCAGAUCUGGAGGUGCUGUACUGGAGGCAGCUGAAGGAGCGGAUGGCGGCGCAGAGGAAGCUGCAGAGCCGGGCGGGGCUGGUGGUGCCGCCGCCGCCGCCGUGCGAGGAGGAGGUGGAUGUGCUGGAGGAGGAGCGCGGGGCCGACUGCGAUGAAGGAGCAGAUGACUUUGUGGAGCACGAGGACAUCCAGCCCGAGGCCCUGGAGGAGCUGGGGGAAGGCGACGCGGGCCUCCCCGACCUGGGCUCACUGGCCUACGAGGAGCUGGUCCGCAGGAACGUGGAGCUCUUCAUGGCCAACUCCCAGAAGUACGCGCAGGAGACAGAGCUCUCCCAACACAUCCGUCGCUGGGAAGACAGGAUGGGUCCAAUGCUGCAGGAACAGGCAAGGAACCCCCCCUUUUCUCCACGGGCAGGGGGGGGGCCGGGGUAG